AUGGCGCCGAAACCUCCCGGCUCUAAGACAGCCACAAAAGUGAACAACAAAAACCCCAAAGCCCGCAAAUCCGCCACUUCGGGCCCAUCAACCAUCGGCAAAUCCAAAGUCCGCCGCCCAACCAAACAAGUCAAGACAAAACCCACCGCCGCCUCGCAAUCCGCCGCCCGCGCCGCCUACAAGAAGAAGCAGAGAGUCUACACGGACAAGGAGUUAAACCUCCCCACGCUGAACAUGAUCACACCCGCGGGCGUAACACAGCCGACGCGAGGCAAGAAGAAGGGAAAGGUGUUCAUCGACGACCGGGAGUCGAUGAUGACGAUCCUGGCGCUGGUGAAUGCGCAGAAAGAAGGCCAGAUUGAGAGUAGGAUCAUGCGGGAAAGGCAGUUGGAGGAGGUUCGGGAGGCGAGGAGGAAAGAGGCCGAGAAGAGAAAGGAGGGGAAGCGCGAGAUUCUCGAGGGCAAGAUGGCCGAGGUCAAGAGAAAGAAGGGCCCCAAGGGACCUGCUGGUCGUGGCCAUGGGGAUGCUAAAAGAGGUGGUGCGGAGGGUGAGGAGGCCACUGACGAAAGUUCUGGUAAGAGGAAACCACAAAAUGCAGCGAAGUCGAAGAAGAGGGUUUCAUUUGCUUGA